AUGGGCGCGGUGGUUGAGAAUGGCUGCCCUGCGGGCUCGAGCAGUAACUUGGGUGCGGCGGGAUGUGCUGUGCUCGGGCAAGCGAAGGCGCGGAGGGUGCUGACGAGCGCUGCAGGAGCAAGGCGAGGGGGGCGGGUUCAUAGUAGUGCCCACGAGACUGUUCUGCACAACGCGAUAGAGAAAAAUGCAGAGGAAACCCUUCGAGAUCUAAGCGAGCGACGGCAGCACGCAGACAUGGCCCGCCGAGCGCGCCUGGCACACAUGGUUGCCCGGCGCGACGCCUUCGGGCACCUGGCAGAGUGCAGGCUGGCGCAGGCUCGCGCGCAGAGCCUCGCCAAAACUAGAAGGCUCCUUCUACAAAGUGCGGAUUCGACGCGCCGCCUUCAAGAGCUGCUGCACGAGUGUGUGGGGGAGUACGAGAAGGCGAGGCUGAGAGGGGCCCGGCGCCGCAGGCUCUCGGCGGAGGCGUGCGACUCCGUUCUCGCCGGCAAGAUCCUCGACCUAAGGUGGUUUCGGUUCUGCUCGAGGCUCGAGGAAGACUCGCUCGGGCUGAUCGUAGCGCGGGACUUGGGAAAUCCGACGGCAAUCACGACCGCCGCCGGAGACCCGCCGCAACCGACCUCCGUUGCCGCUCGAGGCGGCGACGCGGCCGCCGCCGCCGCGGCGACGAAGGUGGCCUCGCUCGUGACGCCUCUGCUAGCCUCGCGGGGGUUUGGUGACGCUCGCGUUCUCCGCGUUGUGGCCUUGUCCCCGUGCCACGGCGGCGGCGGCGGCGGCGGCCCGGGCAGCACUAGUGCUGACAGCCACCGCCGCCGUUCGAGAGGCUUUGGACCGGGUACGGUCGACGACAACGGGGGUGGGCGCGCGUUGUCGCACGGCGGGCAGCGCCGAGGGGAUGGCAGGGUGGCCGGCGGCGGCGGCGGCGGCGGCGGCGGCGAUGUUGUCAGGGCGCUGCGCGAGGCGGCGGUGCAAAGCAAGAAGGCCGGGGGUGAGAACGUCUCCGCCUCCGCGGCGGCGGUUCUCGCCGUCCCCGCGGGGACCUCUCCCCCGGCCGUAGCCGACGUCGUCCGCAGGGCCGUUCUCUGCGCGAACGGCGGCCUGGCUACUGCGCUGCUGCCUUGCAAGGAUGACGACGACGACGCCGCGGUUUCCGAGAGCCGGAGUCAUGGCAGCAGCGGUGGUGACCGUGUGGCGUUUCGGUCGAUUCCCGGGGGGCCGAGAAGAUGGUCGGCGGUUGUCGGGCCGCCGGACGCUGCCGCCGUCGGGAAAGGGUCGCCGGCUUCCUCGACGACUACCGAGCGCGACGAAGGAAGCCCGCCGCCGCAGUCGGCGGUAGGCGGGGGUGACGCGGCGUGCGAUGGGGCAGGGGGGGGGCACGCCGACCGGAAAGGGGGUGGUGGGCAGGAGAAGUACAUGGAGGGCGCCGGUAACGCCGGCAGCGGGAACGACAGGACCGCGGCGUCGGUCUUCGCGAAGAGUGUGUCGGCGAUGCUCGCAGAGACGUACCUUCGCCCGAAGCCCCCUUCCUCUGGCGGUAACGCGGGGGUUUCCCGUGUAUUGGAGCGGGAGGAGGGUUCCACACAAAGCGAUCGUCUAGUAACCCCAAAACACGUGGGGGGUGAAGGCCUGCUGCGCGCGAACCAAGCGACCGCGUCGGCAGAAGAAAAAGAAACGGUAGCAGGAGUACGAGGCGGCGACGAACAACUCGGCGGCAGCUUCUGGGGAGCGUUCGUAGGCGGCGGGGAGGGAGGGUGCGCGUCGGCCCCGUCCUUUGUGGUGAGCGGCACCGUCGACGACCACCGGAAGCGGGGGCGGUUGAAGGCAGCGCCUGAUGGCGGCAGCGCCGAUGACGACCGCCGCCUGGAAGCCCUCGCCUCCGUCCCGGAUGUUCUUGUUGCCGGACCCGGAGCGGAAAGACCAAUAGGAGACCAUGACAAUCGCCGGAUCGGAGACCACUCUUCCCGCGAAACGCUGGCGUCGGGAGGGGAGCGCGGUGGCCUCAGCGGUAGCGGCUCGAGCCCAGUACCACCAGCAGCAGGAGCGUCAACAGCAAACGCCGCGGCGGCUACGGCCACGCCGCCGACCCCGCCGCGGCGACGACAACUUCACUUUGCCCCCGCCGGAGUCCGGCAGCUCCUCGGGACGGCUCACUGCCGGGAGUUCGUGAAAGCACUCCCGCCCCCGGCUCGCGCCCGUGUGCUCGCCCUGACCCAGGCCUUUCCGGACGGAACGCUCCCACCGAUCGGCCACCUCUACGUUCCCCUCGCGCCCGCUCGCCCGGGAAAGGACACACUGACGGCGGGGUCGGGUCCUCCAUUGCUCGGAGCGCUCGUGCAGCCCCUCCCCGCGAGAGCGGUGCGCGAGCUGCUGCAGAUCUACGUGGCCACGACCCGGGCGGUCGGGGAGGCGGAGGGAGGGAGCGGCGGGGGAGGGGUCCGGCGGCGGCGCCGCUGCCGCCGCACGUCGGGGCUGCUCGCCGCGGCACCACCACCGCCUCCGCCAACACCGUUGACGGCUCGAGACCGCGGCGUCGUCCGAAGCGGCUGCGAGGACGACGCCGGGACGGACGACGGCGGCCAUACCGAGAGCCGGCGUUGGAGCAGCGGAGGCCAGCCCGGGCGUGAAGAAGGAAGCCCCGGCGAGGGUGGCGGGUGUAGCGGUGCUGGCGGCGGAGACCGGGCUAACCUUGCGGCGACGCCACCGUCCGCGGUCGACGUGCUCCCGGACGAACCGCCCACGAGCAGCAGCGCCCCGCCGGUCGGAAUCGGCCGGACUGGCACGCGGCCGGCGGCCCCGUCGUGUCCCGGCGACGGUGUUGAGGGCGCCGACGGUGGGCCUACUAGUAGCGGCGGAGAGGUUCCUGCCGACAACGUCGAAGACGACGCGGAGGCGGCCUGGAGUGCUCGCCGCCGCCGGACCCCGCUUUGCUCGACGGCCGACUCCGGGGCGGACGCGCCGAUAUCGUCGUCUCUCCGCGCACCGUUCCGCCACACGUACGUCGCCGUGCUAGCCCCGCCCCUGGCGCAACCACCGUCGCCGUUUUCGUCCGCGGCGGGCAGCGGCGGUAGCGGGGGCGGCAACGGGCAGAGCGCUACUACCAACAAAGCCCGCGCCGGCGGCGGCGGCAGGGGUCAGACUCCUUUGUCGGGAGCGUCGGCUCUCAUCUUGCAGCUGGAAACCCCGGUAACGGCAACAGGCUCGUCGUUGUCGUCGUUCGGUGCCGUUCAAGACCGCGGUCAGUGUGGUGCGGCGGCUGCUGUGGCUGGGUGUGGGAACGGUGACGGGGCGGUGGUGGUGGGUGGAACAGGGGGAGCCCGAGGAGGAGGAGGAGGAGCGGGCAGUGAGAUGCCGCGACGAGUUUGCGGGUGGAGGGCCUGUCUUGCGGAUGCCGUUGCUGGCCCCCUCUGCCCGGUGCACCUGGAGCUGAAACGUUUUCUGGACGGCAAGGCCGCAAAGACCGGCGGGGUGAGCGACGCCUUCCGCUUCCUUCCCCCGGGGUCGGGUCCCAAGCGGCGGUCCUCCCUAAGAAAGCGACGCGCAGCCGCGGCGGCGGCGGCGGCACCGGCGGCGACAGAAGCCGGCACCGCUCGUGUGGUGGCGGCGCUCUCCGCCGUUGACGGCGGCGGGGAGGGAGAGCUGUCCGUCAUGAGGUCCAUGUCGCCGCUCCUGGCGGAGCUGCUGAACGGCAAGCUCGGGACGACCAUCGCCAUGUUUUGUCGGCGGGCGGCGGCGGAGGCUAGGGCUCCAGGGCGACGAGGUCCGGUCUUGAGGGCCGCGCAGAAUUUUCUGCGGGGGAGCGGGGGUGCACCGGAAACGGUUCAGGGUGGGAUGACGCAGAAGGGGUCUGCCAAAUUUCGUUGUCGCUGA